UACUGUUUUUUUUACGUAAGUUUUCUUUUUGACAUGUAAUAUUAGUUGUUACAUUCAGUUUUGUUGUUCAAACAAAACUUUAACUCUUCUUAGACUUUGUGAAUAAUGUCAAACAACAUGAACCCAGGAGGUAAUAUGCCCUCGAUUGGAUCCAUGAAUCCUUCUAGUGCGAUCCAAUACGCGAAUAACCCGCUGCAGAGUCCGCAGCUACAGUCGAGCUCCAUCCAGAGCUCGCCGUCGCAACACAGUCCUAUGAGUAGCCAGUCGUCAAUUGGCACUAAAGUGAAUACGAGUGGUGACCAAACUACGCAGCUCCUCAGCAGACCCAGACUUCAGGAGUUGGUGAGGGAAGUGGAUCCCACUGUGCAACUGGACGAGGAGGUGGAGGAGAUGCUGCUGCAGCUUGCUGAUGACUUCAUUGAUACGUCUCUGAACGCUGCGUGUGCACUCGCCAAACACAGACAUGCUCCCACAGUGGAGUUGAGGGAUGUGCAGUUACAUUUAGAGAGACAAUGGAAUAUGUGGAUUCCAGGGUUCGGCAACGACGAGGUCCGGCCGUACAAACGCGCCGCCGUCACCGAGGCGCACAAACAGCGCAUGGCUCUCAUACGGAAAACUAUCAAGAAGUACUAGGAAAUUAGAUAUCUUUUUUACUCUACAGUACUACCAGUAAAAAUAUAUAGUAAUAGGAAAUGCAAGCAGGUAUUCUGUUCACACCAAAACAAUGAUUUAGGCUCCAUUCUCAUCUUUAUCAACUCAUAAAAUAUGUUUGAAAUAAUAAAAAAUAUGGACAGAAGGCAAACUUACGUUUUCCCUUUAUAAACUUGAAGAAUCAACAAUACAUACUUGAUAGUCCUGUACAUUAAUUGAAUCUAGAUAUGUCAAGCAAGACUAAUUAAAUUAGAAAA